UUUACGUGUACUGAAUCAUGAGUCAUGACAUGGUGGAAGUUCUUUAACAACUCCUUCUCAAUGUCACGGGUUUGCGAUGGAAGCUAUCUAUGGCUAAAGCCGAGACACCAUCCCCUUCUAAUCAGGUGGUGCUACCACUUUCAGCGUCACGGCCGCCGCCACCACCAACACCACCACCACCACCACCACCGGCUAAGAAAAAUCCACCACCUCCUCCUCCACCACCAAUUCCGGGGAAAAAAGCUCUACCAUCGCCACUAAAGCAUUUCCACUGGGAUAAGGAGAAUCCCGAUGGAAAUCAUUCCAUGGUGUGGGACAUGUUUGACAGCGGUUCAUUCUGUUUGGAUGGCGAUCUCAUGGAAGCUCUGUUUAGUAAUGCUGCAACCAAUCUGAAACCCACUGGAAGAAACAGGGACUCAUCUAACUCCGGCGCCCCUGCUCAGGUCUUCAUCUUGGAUCCCCACAAAUCUCAAAAUACAGCGAUAGUCCUGAAAUCUCUAGCCAUAUCUCCUCAAGAGAUCCUCGAAGCCCUCCUCAAGGGCCGUGGCCUUGAUACUGAAACCCUCGAAAAACUUAACAAAAUCGCUCCCACCAAAGAAGAAGAAACCCAGAUUCUUGAAUUCAGAGGCGACUCAACAAAACUUGCAGAUGCUGAAUCGUUCCUCUUCAACAUCCUCAAAGCCGUUCCCUCUGCUUUUAACCGUCUAGAUGCCCAGCUUUUCAGGUUGAACUACAACAAUGAAAUCCUACAAAUCAAGGAAUCUCUACAAACCCUAGAAUCGGCUUGCAACGAGCUCAAAACUCGUGGGCUCUUCGUGAAACUUCUUGAAGCGAUUCUCAAGGCAGGCAAUCGAAUGAACGCAGGAACUUCCAGAGGCAAUGCACACGCAUUCAAUCUCACGGCAUUGCGAAAGCUCUCUGAUGUCAAAAGUAGCGAUGGAACUACUACCCUUCUCCACUUUGUAGUGGAAGAGGUAGUCCGGUACCAAGGGAAGCAAUGUCUGAUCAAUCGCAACCAAACCCUUAAUCGAUGUAACAGUGGCAACAGUUUGGAUUGUGGGGGCAGCUCACUGAGUGCCGCUGCAAAAGAAGAAAGAAGAACAAAGUAUAUAAAGCUAGGGUUACCGGUGGUCCGAGGACUGAGUGUUGAAUUCUCAAAUGUGAAGAAAGCAGCUAGAAUAGACUACGAUGCCUUCUCCAAGGCAUGCCCAUCUCUCCGAUCCCGAGUAGCUGAGAUUCGGCAGUUCUUGGGGGAGUCCAGCACAGUUGAUCAAGAUGGGUUUGUGAGACACAUGAAAGGAUUCUCAGAGGCUGCGGAAGAAGAAGUUGAGACCGUGGAAGAAGACCAGACAAGGGUGAUGUUGGUUGUGAAGAGAACAACACUGUUUUACCAAUCAGGGGUUUCCAAAUCCAAGGCUGAAGGGGCUCAUCCACUCGAAAUAUUUGAGAUAGUAAAAGACUUCUUGGAUAUGGUGGACCGGGCCUGCGUCGACAUUGCUCGUAAUAUGCAGAGGAAGAAGAAGGUGGCAAAUGUGGGAUCAUCUUCACUGGCGAAAAGGGUUCUGAUGAGGUUCCAAAGUUUGUCGCCGCCUUUCUUUUCGGAAAAAUCAAGCCCAGGGAGCUCGUCUUCCAGUGAGGUAGACGGUGGUGGUUCCUGAGAAAAUCCGUGGGGAGAUUUGAUCAGUGUACAGCGUACAUAUUAUAGAUGUGAAAUUGCAGGAUGACGAAAUUAAAUAGAAUUUUUUCUUUUAGUUCGAAGUGCAUUCUUAAUGUCAAAAUGCUUUAUCUUUUAAUCA